AUUUCUCAUCUGCACCUCAGCAGAGUAACAUGUUGCCUCGUCUGAGCUCCAGCGCCGUGCCGUAAACAGAUGCUGCCUGCUCUCUCUCUCUCUCUCUGACUGAUCAAACAUAAAGAGCAAAUAAGAAGGAGAAGCAAGAGGAAGGAAACUGAAGUCUCAGCUCUCGCUUCUCGUGUAUGACCAUUUUUGCUGAAAGGAAGUGGAGGAGGUAGAGGAGACCGCUUUUCACACUGUCCUGACUCAGUUUGUCACCCCAAGCAGAAGGAGCGGCAGAGGAUGCAAGGGAAAGAGGAGGAGCUCAAGAGGUGUCUCUCUUUCACUCAGCUGUCCAUCCAUCACUCACAGCCGGCCAAACUUUUUUUUGCCAAAGAGGAAGAGAAGUUAGACUCUUGAGGGAGACGAAGCAUCCCUCACCCCAGGUACUUUUGUGUGCACAGGACCAUCCUUCCAGAGGCAGCUACCCAUGUGGCAGGAGGCCCUGUGGACCCGCGGACGCUACCUGCUGGAGAAGAGUGAUGGCGCUGAGGGCGCCGAGGGGCCCGAGAGCCUGGGAGACGGGUGCCCGGGGUUCCAGGGCGAGGUGUGUGUGGAGGGUGAGAAGCCCCAGGACUGGCUGUACGAGUCCUACUACAGAAUGAGCCAGCAGCAUCCGCUGAUCGUGUUCCUGCUGCUGAUCGUCAUGGGAACCUGCCUCGCACUGCUGGCUGUGUUCUUCGCCUCAGGACUGGUGAGGAAAUUAUUGUUUCCCUGUUUCCAGGUGUCCUUCUUUCUGUUCAUCGUGUUUGUAGUCUACACCAUGCUGCCCUUCUCUAUGAGAGGGGCCAUUAUCGCCAGUGCCAUCACCUGCUCCUCGCACACUGUCACCCUCAGCAUCUGUCUGGCCUCUACCGUCACAGAACUGGAGCCUCUAGUCUGGCAGAUCUUGGCCAAUGUGAUCAUCUUCACCUGUGGCAACCUAGCCGGGGCGUACCACAAACACCUGAUGGACCUGGCUCUCAAACAGACCUACCAAGACACCUGCAACUGCAUCAAGUCCCCCAUUAAGCUAGAGUUUGAGAAGCACCAACAGGAGCGUUUACUGUUAUCCUUACUGCCAGCUCAUAUAGCCAGAGUGAUGAAAGCUGAGAUCAUCCAGAGGCUGCAGGGACCCAACUUUGGUCAAACUGAGAGCACUAACAACUUCCACAACCUCUACGUGCAGCGGCACACCAAUGUCAGCAUAUUGUAUGCCGACAUUGUGGGCUUCACCAGGCUGGCCAGUGACUGCUCCCCGGGGGAACUUGUGCAUAUGCUGAAUGAACUUUUCGGCAAGUUUGACCAGAUUGCAAAGGAAAACGAGUGUAUGCGAAUCAAGAUCCUGGGAGAUUGUUACUACUGUGUGUCCGGUUUGCCUGAAUCACUGCCUCACCACGCCAGGAACUGCGUGAAGAUGGGCUUGGAUAUGUGUGAGGCCAUCAAGAAGGUCCGAGAUGCCACCAGAGUCGAUAUCAACAUGCGUGUUGGUGUUCAUUCGGGGAAUGUCCUGUGUGGUGUGAUUGGCCUCCGCAAGUGGCAGUAUGAUGUGUGGUCACAUGACGUAACGCUAGCCAAUCAUAUGGAGGCAGGAGGUGUGCCAGGAAGGGUCCACAUCUCGUCAGUGACAUUGGAGCAUUUAAAGGGCUCGUAUAAGGUGGAGCCUGGAGACGGACAGAGCCGAGACUCCUACCUGAAAGAACAUGGAGUGGUCACCUACCUGGUUAUCAACCCCAAGACUGAGAGGCACAGCCCUCUGUUGGCAGUGCGCUCUCGUCCCUCUCUGGACGGUGGGAAGAUGAGGGCGUCGGUCAGAAUGACCCGAUACCUGGAGUCCUGGGGCGCUGCCAAGCCCUUCGCCAACCUCCACCAUCGGGACAGCAUGACCACAGACAAUGGCAAGAUCAACACAACUGACGUCCCAAUGGGGCAGUACCACUUCCAGAGACGAGAAAGGUCCAAAUCUCAAAGGAGGAGGUUUGAGGAGGAACUCAAUGAGCGAAUGAUACGCACCAUCGAUGGCAUCAACUCGCAGAAACAGUGGUUGAAGUCUGAGGACAUCCAGAGGAUCUCAUUGUUUUUCCACAACAAAGCUCUGGAGAAAGAGUACAGAUCCACAACAUUGCCAGCCUUCAAGUAUUACAUCACCUGUGCCUGCCUCAUAUUCUGCUGUAUAUUUAUAGUGCAGGUCCUCGUCUUACCCAAAACUGCUGUGUUGGGGAUCUCCUUUGGUCUGGCAUUCCUGCUGUUGGCUUUGAUCCUGCUUCUAUGCUUUGCUGGUCACAUUCUGCAGGGAAGGAAGGGGUCCUUCUGCUCUCUAACCUGGUUCCCCACUUCGUCCCACAUCAUCGUCACCAAUAAUCCCUGGCUACGAUUGGUCCUCACCAUGACGACCACUGCCCUCAUACUUGUGAUGGCUGUCUUCAAUAUGUUCUUCGUGGAGGACCCUGGAGGAUCCAUGGAGGACGUCCUGACAACCACUUCUCCUGAAGUCCUGAUAACUACACCUGUGAAUCUGACUGAUGACAGCCUCCUGGACACAGAAGAAAACAAGUUUUAUCUGCCAUACUUCAUCUACUGCUGUAUACUGGGGCUGGUGUCGUGCUCGGUGUUCCUGAGGAUCAACUACGAGCUGAAGAUGGUGGUGAUGCUGGUUGCCGUGGUGAUAUACAACAUCAUCAUCCUCCAGACACAUGCCUCCCUGUUGGAUGGAUUUAGCAAAGCGCCGUACCCCACCAAUACACUGGAUAGACCAGGAGUGCUGAAGGAUCUAAAGACGAUGGGCUCUGUGUCUCUGUUCAUCUUCUUCAUCACCCUACUGGUAUUAGCCAGGCAGAAUGAAUAUUACUGUAGGUUGGACUUCCUGUGGAGGGACAAGUUCAAGAGGGAGUGUGAGGAGAUCGAAACCAUGGAGAACCUCAACCGGGUUCUGCUGGAGAACGUUCUACCUGCCCACGUCGCCGAACACUUCCUGGGACGCAACUGGAAAAAUGAGGACCUUUAUCAUCAGUCGUACGACUCUGUGUGUGUGAUGUUCGCCUCCAUCCCAGACUUCAAAGAGUUUUACACUGAGUCUGAUGUCAAUAAGGAAGGACUGGAGUGCCUCCGUCUUCUCAACGAGAUCAUAGCAGACUUUGAUGAGCUGCUAUCCAAACCUAAGUUCAGCGGGGUGGAGAAGAUAAAGACCAUUGGUAGCACCUACAUGGCUGCAACGGGACUCAAUGUGACACCCGGACCAGAGUGUGCACAGGAACACGACAGACAGUACAUGCACAUUGGCACCAUGGUGGAGUUUGCCUUUGCUCUUGUGGGGAAGCUAGAUGUCAUUAACAAACACUCCUUCAACGACUUCAGACUCAGAAUUGGUAUUAACCAUGGGCCGGUGAUUGCAGGGGUCAUCGGGGCCCAGAAACCUCAGUAUGACAUCUGGGGAAACAGUGUGAAUGUGGCCAGUAGGAUGGAGACCACUGGGGUACUGGGGAAAAUCCAGGUAACAGAGGAGACGCGUCAUAUCUUAUCAACGCUAGGGUACAUGUGUUCAUGUCGUGGCAUCAUUAACGUGAAGGGCAAAGGAGAGCUGAAGACUUACUUUGUUCACACGGAGAUGACCCGAUCUCUGUCACAAGGGACUGUGAUGCCUUGAGCAUGCCGCGCUAACCGAACAAAAAAGACUUGUGAACACAGUCACACACACAAAGUGGCCGUCAAAGUGAUUUGUCAUGCUCCAUAACUAAAACCCAUUACCAGCAGCUUGCAGCACAAUGGAUAGACAAUUGUUAAGAAGCAGUUUUGUCCUUAGCAACACAUCGUAGAGCAGGGCCGAGGUGCACUGCCACAAUCCUUCAAUGUUGCACUUUGGGUGGUUUUCACAUCUCAAGUGUAACAAGAACUCUGCUCCGAGGAGUCUCUUCACUGUCUAAAAGAGUGCCUGACUAAAGAGAGCUUUGCCAAAUUAGUGCAGCUCUCGAGGAACGCAGUCACCCAUCUGUACAAUAGUAGUGGUCUGGAGCUAAUUAGUCAUGCUGGUGUUGCAGUGCUUCAGAGCCUUAUAAAUGAGCAAACUGAGCUGCCUGCCGAGCUGUUUUUUGUUUUUUUAUGUGCCUGGUUGGCGCUGUGAACCGAUUUGUUCCAUUUUAUUCCACAUGAAUUCCACAAUAGUUUAUUGUCAUGUAGAGAGCAGUAGGUGCCAGCAAAUAGCCAGUGUGUUGGGUAGUUGCCAAAACCUGUGACUUGUAUUUAUAGCUUUAGAGGUGCAUCUGUGUCCCACAGAAGAGUCGGGGGGGGGGGGAAAUCAAGGAUUUUUUUUUUUACAAUUUCAUCUGAAACCAAACCAGCAGCAAUGUGUGUAAAUGUCCACUGUGAUCCUUUUGUUAUUCAUUAAACAUUUGUAGAUAAAUUGA